AUGGCAGAAAUUGACGAGGAUAUCGCAAUUAGUUACGACGAUGACAGAGAUUCCACCCUAGGCGAGGAUAUAUACCCAGAGACUGAAACGCUUCGUUCGAGUAUCAUGGACUAUCAAUACGAGAACGGAAGAAGAUAUCAUGCGUAUCAUUCUGGAUCAUACUGGGGACCCAACGACGAGAAAGCCAAAUGGCACGCAGAUCUCGGUCACUAUCUCUACAAACUUCUCCUUCGUGGAAAGUUAUACCUCGCUCCGAUACCGAAGAACCCACAACGUGUAAUUGACAUUGGUACUGGAACUGGAAUAUGGGCCAUAGAAUUCGCCGAUAGACAUCCAUCCUCAGCAGUAACCGGCACAGAUCUCUCUCCAAUCCAACCAACUCUAGUCCCGCCAAAUUUGUCUUUCGAAAUUGACGACUGCUGCGACGAAUGGCUGUAUGCUCUAGAAAGCUUCGACUUUAUCCAUGUUCGAGGCUUGUACGGCUCCGUGUCAGACUGGGAUGAGUUCUAUAUGCGAGCAAUAAACCACUUAAAGCCCGGCGGAUACAUCGAACAAGCCGAACUAAGCGUCAAUGCAAAAUCAGAUGACCAUUCUACCGACGGAACUGUCAUGGAAGAGUGGGCCCGCGCCUUCUUUGACGCCGGUGAUGCUCUUUGUAAAUCAUUCCGCACAGUUGACGAGGCGAAGUCAAAAAUCAUUGCUGCCGGUUUUGAGGACGUUACUGAGCAUCGAUUCAAGUGUCCGAUUGGCGAAUGGCCGGAGAAUCCGAGGUUGAAAGAGCUGGGGAAGGUUAUGCGCUUAUAUUUAGAGGAAGGGGUGGAAGAUUGCUCGGCAAGGCUACUGCCAGAGGUAUUAAUGUGGAGUACGGAACAAGUCAAAGAUAUCCAAGACAGAAUGAGAAAAGCAUUACGGGAUAAUGCAAUCCAUUCAUACUGUGAGAUAUCUGUUGUUCAUGGUCGAAAACCUUGUCGCGACUGA